AAAUAGCGCCCCCAAGAGUUUGGGACUUCGUUAUUUGCAUGUGUGUACGUACGAUCGGCGAAAAUGAAGGACAUUUCGGGCUUUUUGGCGGAGCAGCAGCAGAAAAGCAACCCAGAAAUCGCUGCAGAAUGGGUGGAAAUGGAAGACAUGUAUAAUAAAAAGCUGUGGCACCAGUUAACGUUGAAACUUCUCAAGUUUAUCAAGAACCCAGUCUUUGCUGAAGGAGAUGGCUUACUGCAGCUCUAUGAGAAUUUCUUGAGUGACUUUGAGCAUCGGAUCAAUCCAUUAUCCUUGACAGAGAUGGCCAUCAUUAUUGUCAAACAGAUCAAAGAUUACCCAGAUGCUCUUGCCUUCCUGGAUAAGAUCAAAGAAAAAGUCAAGAGCAACGAGGAGGCGGUGAUCCUCUGCAUGACCUGCUCGGCCAUGAUGAAACUAGGGGUCAAUGACCUUGAGGGAACCAAGGUUUUGGUCGAAGCGGCACAGGAGAAGUUAGACAACCUGGAUGGGAUCACGACGGUUCACGGCCGCUUCUAUAACCUGUCUAGUAACUACUACAAGGUCAUGGGAGACUACGCCAAGUACUAUCGAGAUGCCCUCCGGUUCCUAGGAGUGACCAAGCUGGAAGAUAUUGAUGGGGACGAAAGGAAGGAGCGAGCAUUUAACUUGUCCCUCGCUGCUCUCCUCGGAGAAGGGAUCUAUAACUUUGGAGAACUGCUUGCACACCCUAUCCUGGAGUCUCUAACAGCCUCCAACAAGAAGUGGCUGGUCGAUUUGCUGUAUUCAUUCAACAGCGGCAACCUGGAUCAGUUUGAGUCUUCGUCAGCCGUCUGGAAGCAGCAGCCUGACCUGGCAGUCAACGAGCUGCCGUUACGACAGAAGAUCUCCCUUUUGUGUCUGAUGGAGAUGACCUUCAAACGACCUGCCGACAAUCGCAGCAUCUCGUUUGAAGAGAUUGCCCAAGAGGCCAAGCUACCGUUGAAUGAGGUUGAGAUUCUUGUAAUGAAGGCAUUGUCCCUGGGUCUGGUCAAAGGAUCCAUCGACCAGGUGGAGCAGAAAGUUCACAUGACAUGGGUACAACCAAGGGUGCUCGAUCUCCAUCAGAUCGUCACAAUGCAAGAUAAAUUACAACAUUGGUGUCGGGACGUCAAGAACAUGCAGAUCUUAUUGGAGGACAAAGCCCAUGACAUCAUCGACAGGAUGUAAAUACCAAGAAUCCAGGCAGUUCACUCGAAAAUGUUUUUAAUUACAGGCGUAUGCCAGCAGCCUGGGGCAGGUUACACCUCCCCCCCCAAAAAAAAAAA